AUGACAUCAUUAAGAAGCCACGUUUAUGUGGGUCGGCGAGAUAAUGCUGUAACCUCCCAACAGAAUUAUGGAAUACUUUUGAAGAUUCUUGAUCUUACUCGUAAUAAAUUCAAGAAUCUGGACUUCUUGUCAGAAUUCCGUAACCUUACCUCUUUGAUCUUGGACCGUAAUAAGCUGGAUUCAGAUACCAUACUUCCACAUCUGCCAAAUCUCUUGCUUCUCUGGCUUAAUUAUAGUAAGGUAGAUGAAUUAUUCCCAUUCAUACGAAACCUACAGAGAAGCUUCCCUAAUCUGAGAUUUCUUAGCAUGCUGGGAAAUCCUGCUGCUCCAAGUUACUUGAAUGGUGGAACAGAGUAUGAACAUCUUCAAUACAGUUUGUUUGUAAUAUCCUGGUUUCGUCACCUGAUUCACAUGUAUGAUCGAUACGUGACGAUUCACGAAAGGAAUGAGGCCAACAGAUUAUUCUGUCGCCCUUUUUGGAACGUUUAG